AUACUCUUUCUUUCGUGCCACAUCAGUGCCAGGUCAAGCACGCCCAUAAGGUCAAAUCUCGCCGCUCUUUUAUUUUGAAACAUUCGUCUCAACCCCUCUCACUGACUUUAUCAACCUCUUGGCUGUUACCCAUGGCUUCCCGCUCACCAAUUCACUAUUCCGUUAUCGUACCCGCGUAUAGGGAGAACGGAAACAUUCGGCCGCUCGUCACUCGUAUAUUCACUGCUUUAAGGAGAGUAGACUCUCCGAUACCUCCAGACCAAGUUGAAGUGAUCAUUGUGGAUGAUAAUUCUCGGGAUGGUUCCGUGGAGAACGUUCAGUCAUUGCAACAGGAGGGGUAUAAUGUGCGCAUCAUUGUGAGGACAACGGAACGAGGUCUUAGCAGUGCGGUUGUAAGAGGGUUCUACGAGGCUUUGGGUGAUAACAUGCUGUGUAUGGAUGCGGAUUUGCAGCAUCCUCCGGAAUACGUUCCUACUAUGCUUGCAGCACUCUCACCUUCCUCUACGUUUGUUCUGGGAACACGAUACGCAAAGGGUGUGGAAAUGGACAAAGACUGGCCAAUGUACCGAAGAAUUAUUUCAUCUGGUGCACGAGUUUUGGCCCUUCCCCUGACUACUGCAAGUGAUCCUAUGUCAGGGUUCUUCGGUGUUCGGAAGGAAGCUUUCCUCAAAGCCCGGAACCUCAAUUCACAAGGCUUCAAGAUUGCCCUCGACCUACUCAUCAAAGCGCACAUUCCCUCAGAGGCGAUCGCUGAAGUCCCGUUCUCGUUCGGUGUCCGAUCAGAGGGCGAGUCAAAACUUACGGGCAAAGUCAUGAUCAAAUACCUCGAGCAACUAGCAGAGUUGUACUGGUAUAAGUUCAGUACCCUCAUCAUCUUUGCUGGUAUUCUCUUCAUCGUUGCUUUGCUUCUGUUUGCUCGGUCGGCGUUGGGCGCACUUUCUCCUGCUUCACAAGCCAAGUAAACUUGUUGUACUGGUACAUCAUUGUUGUGUUCUUUCUUUAUCUUAUGUACUUCUUCUAUUGCUUCCUGGACAGUGGACUGUAAACAAGAGCUCGGAAAACAUAAGAGGCCUACACGUGACUGAUACGGUCACCUGACUGCCUCGCGUG